AUGGAAACUUUGGAUAUCACGUCUUUCUUUUUCUGCGCAUGCAAACACGGCCUUUCGACGGGGGAGUUGGCUCAUUCCAAGGGUUUUGAGUUGCAAUUUGUCAUGUCGGCAGCUGAAAUUAUGGAUCCCAAAAUGGAUCCUCGGAUGAAAGGGCAGCGUGAAAUUAUUGGAAUUCACGAGACCCUUGCUCGGGGCCAGCUAUUCCUAAAGGAAUUUAAUGACAAGCAUGAAGUUUUGGGCAUUAUGGACGAAUUACUGGCGGCAUUUGUGAAUUGGUUGACUGGUAGCUCUCUCGCUCAAACUGUCUUCACUUCUAUGUAUAUGCAUUGCACUCAUCUUGUUGAAGAUUUUUUUCUCUCCACAUUUUGUGAAACUCUUCGUCGAUCUAUAUACUACCUUCGUGAAUUCAUCCUGGGUGCAUCUAUAUUUGAAGAAUUUGAGGAUUUUUCCCCAUCAUUUCAAGGUCUUCCUCUCGAGGGUCCGGACACUCUACUUACUACUAUUGGGGAUUCCCAUAAAGGGAUUGAAUUUGUAGAAUCUCUGAAUACCGAUUCCAUAAUUGAGCAACUUGUACAGCUAGAAUUGUAUAUAGAUCAACAUCUCGACAUUUCCAGUAUCUACACAGCUUUUAAGUCUAGGGUCCAAAUGCUGUUCCAUUUUCUUUCAUUCUCAAGGCAUCUUCCGCGCUUUUUAAUUUCAUGGCCGGAUGAAGAUCAGGAUAUGGCUAAUUUAGGAUAUGAUCUCGCUCAUUUUCCUGACGAGAUCAUCAGAUUUUCUGAUAAAUUCAAGGAUGUUUCAGAUUAUAAUGCUACAAUUGCCUCUUGCAGGAUACAUUUAGAGAAGCUGCUUCAUCUGACAAAGUUACUUUGGAAAACAGCCCUCGAUGGAAAGCAGGCUGGAGAAGGAAAACGAUUCCCCAAGGACUAUGACUAUGGUCUUCCCGGUUUUGAGCCUUACUUAAAUCAAAACAAUCUCUCCAAUGUCGUCAUUUAUGAUCGACCUGGUGCAUUUGCAUUCCUUCACGGCAUGUUUGCUCGAGUACUUAAUGUUUUCCAGCAGAUUGAACGUUAUUCAAAUGAUCCUUUAUCUACCACAAGCCUUCAGGUGCAGAAACCAUACCCGUGUCUUCAUAAUUUAUGGGCACUUAUUCAGCACUUUGGUCAGAUUCCUUGUCAUUCGGUUGAACUUUUAAAUGACAUAUCGGAAUGUGAGCUCGAGUGCCUGCCCUUGGCGGGUAGUUGUGUUUUUUCUCGAAGUAUUCUCUUCAGCCUUUAUCUUCUUCCUAUUCGAUGGGAUAUGGAGAAGCGCAAGAAUGAUCUUCAUCUCUCUUAUAGAACAGAAUUGUUCCUUUAUUCAUGGCUUCUUAGUGUGCCCUCUUCUUUAAGAAAUUAUAUCCGCAAGCUGAUACUUAGCACCGAAGGCCUAUCUUUUUUCUUUGAAUGUUUGAGCCUCGAAAUCUUCAAG